AUGAACUUUGGGAAGUGUCAUCAAUAUCUUGACCCUAAAAAUUCCACGAGUGGACUUCAAUGUAAAUGUUUUAUGUUUCGCGCUACUGAAAAUGGAAAAUAUUUAUGUGCAUGUUGCGGUCAUGAUAGAAAUUAUCAUGAACCUCCAUCACAACAUUUUGAUUCCACGAAUAGAACUUCUAUACCCACAUCAAUUCAAUCCUCCAUUGCCGCACAAGAACCCGAUGAACUCAAUGUUGAAAAUUUUGAGAUUAAUGUUGAAGAAUUAAAUACACGAGUACGAGUUGAUCGCAAAAAUGUUUUUAAUGUGAUUAAUUUAUUUAAUGUAGGACCUAAGCCAAAAAUACCGAGAGGUAUUAAAAAAUUUAAAAAGAAGGGUAUUAUGAAUUCAAUACAAUUCAGCGAAGAUUCAAGCAAUGGAAUAAAGAGUGUAAUUGAAGCGGCUUUUCCAUGGUUGAAAAAUCGAAACUGGGUAUUUUUUCGUUGUGAUUCGACAUCAGUUCUCGUAGUAGCCGAUAUACCGGCGAAGGGUUGGAAUAUUAAAGCAUUAACAAAGAUUUCAGGUUGUCGAAAGAAGCUAUACAUUGGGGUAGUGUCUUCAUCUUCGGUCGAACUGGUCGACGAAAGUAAUAUGAUCAUCGACCAAGGUUCCUCAACCUCCGCAUCCACGAGCUCCUCAUCACAACCAGUACCGAUGAAUACCACGGAUUGUGGUGCCUUUACUAUGCCCUAUACUGGCAUCAUCGCCCCAACAAACUUUAUCGACCAAGGUUCCUCAACCUCCGCUACCAACUUUCAACCGAUAACAAACUAUCAACAAACAGAAAUAUAUCAGGAAAACUAUCAAUCAGCAACAAAUCUGGAGUCAAACUUAUUUGAUGCUUAUCGAAUCAUGAACCUAAAUCACCACAGGACUUAA